AUGAAAGACGCCGAGUCCCAGCCACCUACGGCCCGCCUGGAUCAAGGUACAUACAUCGGUACAACCCUCACGAAUUCCGACCUUCCGCGCCGAGUCCACGCCUUUCUUGGUGUACCGUACGCGAAAUGUGUCCGUCUUAGCCAUGCGGAACACCUACCGGCCUCGUCAGAGACAUUUGACGCGUCGGAAUACGGCCCCGCUUGCCCGACAGCGGACCCCUCGUUCCCCGCGAGCGAGGAUUGCCUCUCGGCUAACAUCUUUCGUCCGAUCCCCCAGGGUUCGGAUGAUGUCGCCGUUAAGAUGCUGCCUGUGUUGGUGUAUGUCCAUGGAGGCGCCUUCAACUUUGGGCGCGGCGCGGAUAGGAAUCUAGCUGCGUUUGUGGCGUUCGCGAAGACGGAUGUCAUCGCCGUUAGUUUUAACUACCGCCUUGGACCGCUGGGCUUUCUUCCUAGUGGCAUUGCCCAGAAAGCCGGAGUUGCGAAUUUGGGUUUGUUAGAUCAGAGAGCGUUACUGGAAUGGGUCCACAGAAACAUUAUUCGGUUCGGAGGAGACGCAGGAAACGUCACCGUCAUGGGCUUCAGUGCCGGCGCACACUCGCUUGGCCACCAUGUACUCUCACCCCCCUCGCGCAAGCUCUUCCGCCGCGCAAUUCUGGAAUCGGGUGCGCCGACAGCCCGCUCUGUUCUGGCGUCCAAGCACCCCCGCAAUGAAGCCCAGCUCGCCCGGUUCCUCUAUCAUGCCUCUCUCCCUCAGCACCUUCCCUCCGAUCAGAUUCUCUCCUCUAUUCGCUCUCUAUCUUUGCCAAAACUACUCGAGGCUUCACUGGCAGUCUGGUCUGAAUGCGCGCCAUCGGUGGAGUGGCCGUUCCAGCCCUCGAUCGACGGCGACGCGGGUGAGAACACCAUUAUCCCAGAUAUGCCAAUCCGCACCUGGACGUCACCAAACCUCCCGGCUCCCCCGCCACUAAUCACAGGCUUCAAUUCUUCGGAAGGGACAAACUUCGUCCCCGCCUCGGCGUCUUCGUCCACGGCAUUUAAAGAUUUUUUCGCCAAACUUAUCCCGUCUCUCACGCCGGAUGACCUCGAGACGCUAGACCGCCUCUACCCCCCGGCAUCGACGUAUCCGUCUCCGCCAACCCGUCACCACGGCACCGAGUUCCGUCGUCUCGCGCACGCAUACGGCCACUACGGCUACAUUGCGCCCUUGCUACACUCGGCACACUUCGCCUCCCGCAACGGCGCGCCGGUGUGGGUGUACGAAUACGCGGCACACGCGGAUCUUGGAGCGGCGAACCACGGAGACCACGUCCCCGCCGCGACACACGACAGCGAUACCCUCUCCCCGGAGCGGACGCCGGGGCUGUGGGCGGUGUCCGACGCAAUGCAUAGCUACUGGUCUUCGUUCGUGGCCAGCGGCGACGAGACGGAAUCCGGGCCCAACAAUCAGGCGAACCCAAGCGGGGUCGCUUGGCCGCGGUUCAUUUCUCCCUUCGGCGAAGCACCGGGCGGCUCUGAGGACCACAUCCCUAGAGACGCAGAAGACGAGACGCGGGGCAAGAUCCUCGUCUUUGGGGAAGGGAACGACGAGUUCAUGGGUCGUCUCGGCCAGCGUCGGCCCGGUACCGUUGCGCGCGUACGCACGCUGACCGAGGCGGAAUUGCGGCAGUUCCGGUUCUGGUGGGAUCGUGUCGGAUUGAGCGAGGGUAUGGGCGGAGCGGACGACGGGUCGAAGUUGUGA